GUUUACGCAAGGCUUGCCCGAGUACAGAAAGCGAUAGCGAUGGCCUCAGUCGGUCUCCAGAUUCUGGGCAUCUUCCUGGCUCUUAUCGGUUGGAUCGGUGACAUUGUCAUCUGCGCGCUCCCCAUGUGGAAGGUGACUGCAUUCAUAGGCAACAACAUUGUGACUGCGCAGACCUUCUGGGAAGGCCUGUGGAUGAACUGCGUGAUGCAGAGCACGGGCCAGAUGCAGUGUAAAGUCUACGACUCCAUGCUAGCUCUCCCCCAGGACCUUCAGGCCGCCAGAGCUCUGGUGAUCAUCUCCAUCCUCGUGGCCGUGAUCGGCGUCCUACUCUCUGUGGCCGGGGGGAAGUGCACCAACUGCAUUGAGGACGAGGAGGCCAAGUCCAAGGUGGCCAUCGCAUCCGGCGUGUUCUUCCUGGUCUCCGGCGUCCUAUGCCUGAUCCCCGUGUCCUGGUCUGCCAACACUGUUAUCAGGGACUUUUACAACCCGCUGCUCAUGGACACGCAGAGGCGAGAGCUGGGCGCUUCGCUCUUCAUCGGAUGGGGCUCUGCUGGCCUGAUGCUCAUCGGAGGCGCGCUUCUCUGCUGCCAGUGCCCCAAACGCGAGGAGAGUAGGUACUCCGCCAAAUAUUCUGCCCCUCGCUCCACUGCCUACGUCUGACAGAUCAACACUGAAGUUUUGAUAUGGACGUUUUGUGCAGAAUGAACGAGGGUACAUCUGUUUCACUUCGGUGCACCAGGACAUUUGACAAGGGCCAUUUGAAUAAUUUUUAAUUAAAUGUUUUAUCUUAAUGGAUUUAUUUGCUUUAAUAAAUAUUUUAAUGCUUAUCAUUCGUUUUUUAAUUGUAACAUUUGAAGCGUUUUUAGUUUCAAGAAGGCUAGGUCAUGGUGUAGGCAACUUGAGUGUUCACUGACCAUCUGCUCAUGGUCAGGUCUAAUUGGCUAAAAUAUACUAAUCCCCUAAAGUAGGCUAACUAAUUUUAAUGGUUCUCUGGGGAUUUAUUUGUUGUGCAGUCUUGACAGAACCAUAACGGUGACAACCUUUCUGCAUUAAACUUCUCUGUAGCGUUAUUGGAUGAGCACAGUACUUAAGUCAUUGCAAGUCAAAUAACGUGCACAAGACAAGUUGUCUGUAUAAGUUAUUUCAAGUAAAAGUGAAGAAAUCACAUUUUGCAGUCUAACGUGACGAAAAGACAGGGAUGGUUAACACGUUCUGCAUUUGUGACUCUCUCAGAUUGAGCUACAUUCAAUGUGAUAAGAACAAUACAUCUGUCUGCUACAAAAUGGUAUAGGUGUUCUCUAAAUCCAACGGACAGGCUGUGACUGUCUUGAAUACAAGGAGUGAACUGUUACAAUGUACCCCAACUCCUGGGUCAGUAACAAGGCUUUGGGUGACAUGUAAGUUUGAGAAUUAAUAAACUGUGAAAUUGAACAACAUUGCCAUGUUUAACAUUUUGUGGCAGAAUUAAAAUGUUUUUUUUUAGGCUCCAUUAACUGGCCCUUCAUCUGAACUAAAUGUUUGUUAGUGAGAGACUGCAGUGUGAGUGACACAGUUGCGUGUUAUGGUAGUCCCAUAAUUUGCAUUCCUAGUCUGCACCCAGAUGACCUUGGGCUUGUUACAACUAACCCUGACCAUUAGCUAGCUUACAUUUUAGCAACAACUUUAGCAUUGCUAACUUAAAUCAUAUCUACACACAGGUUUUAAACCUGAAAUGUUUGUAACUACAAAGCAGGUGAUGCCAUUACAAAAACAAAUUUGGACAUUACUUCUCAAUCGUUUGUGCAAUCAGAUCAGGGUCUCGCAUCUUCACAUGAAGGUUGCGGACUAAACAGCAUGUGCACAGUGAGUCUAUGAUUCUAGCUUGUUCCUGAUUGGAGAUAUUUAGUGUUACAACCAUCCCCGGUUCGGACACAUCUUAAGUGUAUUUUUACUACCGGGGUGGUUCUGUCUCCCUGAUGUGAUGUCCCUGCUAGAGCAUUUCUACUGUACUGCGCUUGAUUGGAGCCAGGCCAUAUGGGGUCGUCACUAGUUAACAGCCACAAAGUAAAACCACUCCUAUUUCUCAAUCGGAUUUUUAAACCUAACCUUAACCACACUAACGUUACGUCUAUCCUUAAAUUAAGACAAAAGCACAUUUUUGUUUCCAUAAAUUUUUGGCAUAUACAGCAGCGCAUUUUGACUUGGAGGAUGUGUAAUCUAGUGGAAGCCAGAUGGUCGAAAUCCAGCAAAGGCCCUUAUCAGGAUAGUGUAAAGUACAGGAAAACAUGUUAUCAAAUAAUGUAGGCCUAGUAUGCAAACUCUGAAACAACCAAAGUCUCAAACAAAUCAAUAUUCACAUUUUAUUUGAGAACUAGAAAAUCGUUGCUUUGUAGGUCUACUUUGCUUUUGAAAAUCCUAAUGUGAUUUCGGUUGUCAGAUGCUAAAUGGAUAAUCUACCAAGGAGGGGAUUCGAUUAUCUGGCCCUGGUGGGAGGAGUUUGCACCAGGUGAAAAGGGAUUGCUUUGGUGAGCCAUGUGUCCCGCUCUGGCCGAUGGCAAAGUCCAGUCAAAACAAAAGUGUCAUAGGUUAAGCACAUGUAGUAAUGAGUAGCAUUCUGUAAUUUCACAUGCAAAAAGUGAUUGCUUUUGAAAAAACACUAUCUGCCUUCCCACUGAAAAUUAGUUUGAAAAUUCAAACAUAUAUUUUAUGUAAAAAAAACAUUGUUGUAGGCCUAUGUUCUGAACGAUGCACCAUGCUGCCUUGUUGACAACAUGACCAAGCAGCGCAGAUUACUGUACACCGUGGUUCAGCUUAAUCGAACUCCCUCACUGAAACCUACAGCCCAUUGACAAUCAUCAAUAAGAAGCAGCCCAGGCACACUGGCCUUCACUAAUCUCCAAACUGACGUACAGGUUUUACGCACAGAAAGCUUGGCCAUUCAGGUGAUUUGGAGAUCAUUUAGGGGAUUCAUUCAGAUAAAUUGGAGAUCAUUGAGGGGAUUUGAUUAUCUGGCCUGGGUUGUCCCUGUGGGAGUAGUUUGCACCGGGUGAAACGUGAUUGCAUUAGUUUUGGAACCGGGUUGUCUCCUGGGCGUGCAACUAUGGAGCCAGGUGCCCUGCUCUGGUCAAUGGCGUAGUUGUUUAAAACAAAAUUUACAUAGGUUAAGCACGUGGAGUAAUAAGUAGCAUUAUGUGUUUUCUAAUGCAAAAGUGAUUGCUUUUAAUAGAAAUGCUUUAUCUUCCUUCCCAAUGAACACUAGUUUGAAAAUUCUAACAUAUAUUUUAUGGAAAAGAGAUGUAUGUCUCUGAACGAUGCACCAUGCUGCCUUGUUGACAACAUCACAGAGCGGCGCAGGUUACUGUCUGAUUUGGAAUGGGCGCUCCUUCCUCACCGCUUUUGCCCCGUUCACGUCACGGGCCAUAGACUGGUGCACUGCGGGUCAGCUUAAUCAAACUUCCUCAGUGGAUACAACUGCCUGUGUUUAGUUGACAUGCUGAAAAUGAAUGAGCUUGGACAAUUAGCCUCACAGCUGGUAUCAAUAAUGGUUAAUUAUGUAGGCUACAUGCCACAGGUGGCGGCGAAAAUCGGACUGAUACUAUAGGCAGACUGGUCAAUUAAUUAGUUAUGUGGGUGUGUAUUGGCCGAUAAACAUCCACAGGUGCUUUCAAUCGGCUUAAUUAGUGACCACACCCUGGUAGGUGGGUAUAUAGGUUGGGGUCUGUAGCCUCACCACUUCAGCAAGUGUUCCUACUGCUAAACACUGGUCCUUCAGGUUUUAUGUGAAUCUUGUCUGACUACAGAGAGCGCAAGUUAUGGCAUCCACUGGUCUCCAGAUUCUGGGCAUCUUCCUGGCUAUUAUUGGUUGCCUUGGGGACGUUGUCAUCUGUGCGCUCCCCAUGUGGAAGGUGACUGCAUUCAUAGGCAACAACAUCGUGACUGCGCAGACCUUCUGGGAAGGCCUGUGGAUGAACUGCGUGAUGCAGAGCACGGGCCAGAUGCAGUGUAAAGUCUACGACUCCAUGCUAGCUCUCCCCCAGGACCUUCAGGCCGCCAGAGCUCUGGUGAUCAUCUCCAUCCUCGUGGCCGUGAUCGGCAUCCUACUCUCCGUGGCUGGGGGGAAGUGCACCAACUGCAUUGAGGACGAGGAGGCCAAGUCCAAGGUGGCCAUCGCAUCUGGCGUGUUCUUCCUGGUCUCCGGCGUCCUUUGCCUGAUCCCAGUGUCCUGGUCCGCCAACACUGUUAUCAGGGACUUUUACAACCCGCUGCUCACUGAUGCGCAGAGGAGAGAGCUGGGAGCUUCGCUGUUCAUCGGAUGGGGCUCUGCUGGCCUAAUGCUCAUUGGGGGUGCGCUUCUCUGCUGCCGGUGCCCCUUGCGCGAAGAGAGGGGGUACUCUGCCAAAUAUUCCGCCCCCAAUGGAGGGGCCUACGUCUGA